AUGAAGUUUUUGUCUUUGGUUACGUUGGCGGCGGCCGUCUCCGGCGCCACCGUCGAAAACUUGAGACGCGAAGAAAACAAGCAAGAAACGAUUGUACCUUUGCGUCUCGAUUUUUCUGUGCUCCGUGGUAGCUCGCCGCAAGAUAUGGCCCCCGGCCGUGGUGCGGCGCUUGCCAAACGUGAUGGCCAAGCGGAAUUGACUAUUCAAAAUGAACAAACGUACUACAGUGCCGAUUUGAAACUUGGACUGGACCAUCAGGAGGUUUCCGUGUUAGUGGACACGGGGUCCUCCGAUCUUUGGAUCAUGGCUUCUGAUGUAGAGUGUUACUCCUCGCAACUGCAGAGCAGUUCCACCAAGAGAUCCGUGGGUGACCAUUUCGGCCGGCGCCGAGCUUUAAGCGAAGAUGACUUGGCCCAUGCGCUCUUCCAAGAGCAAAGUGACAAUACUCCAGACGCUUCGCAACCUCUUCAAGACAAACGUGACACUGAACUGAUGGCUUUUCCUGAUAUUGCCUCUAUUUUAGAGAGUUUCACAAUCAUAGAAACGAAUAUUCCACAGCCUUCUGGGUCAAGCUCUCCCGAUGUAUCAGGUGGAUCAGGUGGGUCCGGUGGCUACGGCGGCUCCAAUACAUGUACUUCGGAGGGAUCGUUUAACACAGACUCCUCAGACACUUUCCAUAUGAACAGUUCUGCGCCUGAUUUUGCAAUUCAAUAUGCGGACGGCACUAGUGCCCGUGGGUUUUGGGGAACUGAUUACGUAUCCAUUGAUACUGCCAAUGUUUCGGACGUGAGUUUUGCUGUGGUAAACGAAACGGACCUGGGAUUCGGUGUGUUGGGCAUAGGGCUUCCAGGCUUGGAAACCACCUAUUCGGGCACUUCGGGAAGCUACAUGUACGAGAACUUUCCAAUGCGGUUGAAGAGCUCUGGAGUCAUUCACAAAAACGUGUACUCACUUUACUUGAAUAAAGCUGAUGCACAACUGGGACUGGUUUUGUUUGGAGGAGUGGACCACGCUAAGUAUACCGGACAAUUGACAACAGUGCCACUCGUGAACAUCUACAGCAAAUACUAUAAAAACCCAAUCCGCUUGGACGUGGCAUUGGACAGCAUUUCCUUCGAACUGACCUCUUCAAACAUUACUGCCUACAAAGGCAACUUAGCAGCCUUGUUGGAUCUGGGAACCACUUACUCAUAUCUUCCAACUUCUGUGUUUGAGAGAUUUAUAAAUGUGGUCAAUGCUCAAAGCUCCUCCAUAGGUCUCUACCAGCUCAGCUGCAGCUACAACACCGACCUGGCAUCGGUAGUAUUCAACUUUUCGGGCGCGCAAAUCAAAGUGCCAUUAUCAGAUUUGGUCAUGACAUACAGAAACCGCUGCUAUCUCACUGUGUUGGAGCAACUGCUGCUGUCGCUGUCGUCUCUGUCUCUGUCAACCCCUGAAUAUGCCGUUUUGGGUGACAACUUCCUCCGCAAUGCCUACGUGGUGUAUAACUUGGACGACUACGAGAUUUCUCUUGCUCAAGCCAAGUACACGGAUGAAGAGGACAUUGAGAUUGUGAGCUCGCUGGUUCCACUGGCAGUGAAGGCGGGAGGAUACUCAAGUACCUCGUUGAGCGAAUCCUCCGAUACACUGGAGGUUACGACGCUUUCGUCGUCGCUGUUGAAGAAAUCUGGCGCGCCUCGGUUAGCACCAUGGAAAGAAAUGGGCGCUGCGUUGAUGGUGCUUUUAGCCUUUGCAUUAAUGUGA